AUGCAGAUCUCCAACACUUUCACCGCAGCCAUUUUUGCCUUGGCCUUAAUACCGAGCACCGCCGUCGCCAAUCCUAUGUUUGGUCGAUCUUCCCGCAACCGAACACCACAACUUUCUAAAUAUCACCCGCAAGAUGGCUUAUGCCGAGAUUCGACGCUAUCUCAAACGAACGACUGCAUAGUUAAAGUUUUCAACGACCAAGCCACACGUUUUAACGGUGAAUUGGACCAAUUUUACAUCUCCCGAGGAACCACGGCCCGUUAUAUUCUCGCCCAAAAUUUACUAUCGUUUACAUUAAUCCAGGGAUGCCAGCCAACUAUAACUGGAGAAUUGCCCGACAAUUACGCUCUCCUAAUAUCGAGCCGGAGUCAUACCUCUAAUUUUGCCUAUAAACGCGGAUAUAAACCUCUGCGAACUGAUCCCGGUUGGUACCCCUCGCGGCCGGUUGGGACGCACUCGAAACUUCAUGGGGGUCCACCUGAACAAUUUGUCCGACAACAACCUACGGCUAGUCUCAGGGCUCAUCUCUCAAGCCCAGAGCUCCACAAUUAA